AUGCCAUUGGCUAAGAACAACAAAGUUGCUGGAUCUUUAGUGCUCUCAAUUGUAUCGUGUCUUGUCUACAGUGUCAUGUCAAACGUUAUGGUGCUUACAAACCGGUACUUGCUGGGUAAACGGUAUUACGGCUUUGAUGAAAAAUUCUUUGUCGUUGCAAUCCAAGCAGCUGUUGCGGUUCUGGUAUUGGAACUGGCGAAAAUGCAAAAAGUUGUGUCGUAUGAUGCAUACAACUGCAAAAUUGCACGUAAAUGGGCACCUGUGACCUUUUUUUUCGUAGCCAUGUUGUAUACGGGGAUGCAAGCAACAGCGGGACUUCCUAUUCACAUUGUGACAGUAUUUAAGAAUGUUACAAACAUUAUUAUUGUCUUUGGUGAAUGGCGUUUCUUUGGUGAACGUGUGGGUGGUCUUGUUCUCAUAAGCCUUAGUAUUAUGCUCCUGGGUGCUGUCAUGUCCUCAUAUAGUGACGUCGGUGAUCAAGCUACACCCUCUACGCUCUCGGGUUACUUUUGGAUGUCUCUCAAUUGUGCAGCUACUGCUGGCUACGUAUUAUACAUGCGUUAUGCUACGUCACGCUCGUCACUGAAGAUUUCCAAGUUUGGAAUGGCUUUUUACAACAAUCUCAUCUCGUUACCACUUUUGGCACCACCACUUGUACUCAACGGUGAAGUUUUUACAGUCUGGAGCAAUCCGCUGCUCAUGAAUGGAAAUUUUACCAUCCUGCUCUUUAUUAGUGGCAUAGUUGGGAUCGGACUCAACCUUGCAUCUUUUUGGUGUGUGUCCGCCACAUCCGCUACCACGUACGCGACUGUGGGUGGACUGAACAAGAUUCCUACCACAUUCAUCGGUGUGUUACUGCUCGGUGAACCGCUCAAGCCCGACACAGCCAUUUACGUCACUUUUGGCAUGGUCGGUGGCAUUUUGUACGGCUACGCCAAGUUUAAAGAGGGAGAGGCUGCCAAGAAGUACAAGACAACGCAAGAUGUGCUACCUCAAACCAUGCACGAUACCAAGGCAUAG